UAUGGUCAGUCCAGAUCUAUCUUCCUCCUUUUAGUGCUGCACUGUCAGUGCUGGGUUCUUUGCACAAAGAUGUGGCUUUCUCUUGGGAUCAUCUUUUCUCUGGGGAUACUAAUUCCUGGAAAAUUCAGCUGGAAAUUGCAAUAUGACAGGGAUCAGGUUCUGCAUAUUAUACCAGAAACAAUUCAGCAAGUCCAGCAUCUUCAACUUCUUUGCAGUACUUUCAUGCUGGACUUGUGGAAACCCCUGCUGCCUGAAGACAUCAGGGCUGGGGAAGACCUGCACAUAAGGGUGCCAGCCCCUCUGGUGCAAGAGGUGAAAGAGAGCUUAGCUCAGCAUAUGAUCUCUUACAGAGUCCUAAUACCUGAUGUGCAGAAACUUGUGGAUCAGAGCAUGCCAAGGGAGAGGAGCAGCCACAGAGAUGUCUCAGGAGGUUAUGUCUACACUGAAUACCAUCCAAUGGAAGAGAUUUAUCAAUGGAUGACUCAGAUCCAGAAGAACAACAGUGAGCUGGUGACUCAGCACAUCCUGGGGAAGACAUUUGAGAAUCAAACAAUAUAUUACCUACAGAUCAGCCAACCAUCAACUAAAACCAAAAAGAUAAUUUGGAUGGACUGUGGGAUUCAUGCCAGAGAAUGGAUCUCUCCAGCCUUCUGUCAGUGGUUUGUGAAAGAAAUUCUUCAAAAUUACAAAACUGACCCAAAGAUAAGCAGAUUUCUGCAGAAUUUGGACUUCUAUGUCUUGCCAGUCCUCAAUAUUGAUGGCUACAUCUAUUCCUGGGAAGAAGAUCGUUUGUGGAGGAAAAGCCGUUCUCCAUAUGAGAAUGGCACCUGCUAUGGCACAGAUCUGAACCGAAACUUCAAUUCAUCCUGGGGCAGUGUUGGGGUAUCCUUUAACUGCAGCAGUGAUGUCUUCUGUGGAUCUGGACCAGAAUCAGAGCCUGAGACAAGAGCUGUGGCUCAGUUUAUCAAAAGCAAGAAGAGUGACAUUUUGUGCUAUUUAACAAUUCACUCCUAUGGACAGCUCAUCCUCACCCCAUAUGGUUCCACAACUGAACCUCCAAGCAACAAUGAAGAACUGAUGCAAGUUGCAAAGGAAGCAGCUGCUGCAUUGACAGGAAAGUAUGGGACCAGCUACAGAGUAGGAUCAACUGCUUCAAUUUUAUACAGUAACUCAGGCUCCUCUCGGGACUGGGCCCACAUGAUUGGCAUUCCACUCUCCUACACAUUUGAACUGCGAGACACGGGAACUCAUGGAUUCGUUCUCCCCGCUGAUCAAAUCCAGCCCACGUGUGAGGAGACUAUGCUGGCUGUGACAACCAUCAUAGACUAUGUUGAUAAGAAGUACUUCACAAAUGGAGAUGUGGUGCUGACCUCCAGCAGCUUGGGCCUGAGCCUUUGUCUGAGUAUUGUACUUACAUGGUCUGCUUGUUAAAAACAGCUUAGAGGACUCUCAUGCUCAGGAAGAGACGCACAUGAAGAAUAUAAUGGCCCCUCAAAAAUAAAAAGUUACAUCAGCAAAGGAAUUAAAUGUCAAGUAUUUCAAUAAAGGCUCAUC